AUGGCGAGCAGUUCUCAGACGCCGGUGCCCGUGAUACCAGGCCUUGAAGCUGUGCCAUCGCCGGGCACUUCUGCUGCAAAGGCAAAAGCAGCUGUUCUGACUGCACCUGGAACGCUUAACGGGCCACCUUCUGGCAAUAACCACGCCAUCCCGCUUAGCGCACGUCGAGCGGAGCCUCUGGACCUCUCCACCGUUGAGCGCAAAGGGCAGCCGAAUAUGCCACCAGAGAGACCGAAAAAGGAGCGCUUAUUUGGUAUUCCCGAAGCACCUACAUAUUAUCCUACUGAGGAGGAGUUUCGUGAUCCGAUGGAGUACAUGCGCAAGAUCGCUCCGGAGGGCAGCAAGUAUGGAAUUGUGAAGAUUGUUCCACCGGAGAGCUGGAACCCACCAUUCGCUAUCAACACCGAGCGCUUCCACUUCCGCACCCGACGUCAAGAGCUGAACUCGGUCGAAGGUGGUAAUCGGGUUAACAACGACUAUCUCGAUCAACUCGCCAAGUUCCACAAGCAGAACGGACACAACCUCAACCGCUUCCCGAGCGUCGACAAGCGACCACUUGAUUUGUAUCGCCUCAAGAAGACCGUGGAGCGCAAGGGCGGCUUCGAGCAGGUGUGCAAGGGCAAGAGAUGGGCCGAAGUUGGUAGAGAUCUGGGAUACAGCGGCAAGAUCAUGUCAUCGCUCUCGACAUCACUCAAGAACUCCUACCAGAAGUGGCUGCUACCAUACGAGGAAUAUCUGCGCAUCGCCAAGCCCGGCGUGCAGCAACAACUGGAAUUCAUGAACGGUGGACCGUACACGCCGUCACCAGGACCGUCUCCGGCAAAGAAGGCACAGUCAGCCACGCCGUCUGGCAUGUACGAAACAUCACCGACAUACCAAGCACAUGUGGCGUUGCACGCGAGCAUGAGCGGAGACGGCAGCCCGGCACAGAUUCCUCGGUCGCAUGAAAGCUCGCAGCCCCCACCACCGUUACCGCCGGCCCCAACCACUGGUGGUUUCACGCCGGUUAACCCUGGUGGUGGCUUCACCGCUGUCAAUGCACCCACACAGACACCUUCGUUCACCUCCGUCAACAGCAUCAAUGGGUUUGCUCAUUCGAGCAGUGCAACUCCACAAACGCCCCCCGUCAGCAAUGGGCAUCCUGUCAUCGCACCUCAUCCGAACGGUGUCCCCUCGCUCAAGCGACAGCACAGCGACUCUAUACUGACGCUCGACGAGAUCGACCUGAUCAAUCAGCGCAGCAAGCGACUGCGUAAGGAUGUUCCGACUGUCACUGGCAGCAAUAUGCAUCACUCUCGCAUGGGCGCCGCGCGUGCGCAGGCUCAAAAGGAGCGUGCCAACAUGAAGCCCGGCGAGGCUUGCGAGGAGUGUCUACGCAAUGAUGACCUAAGCAAGACCGUAAAGUGUGACAGUUGCGACUGCAUCUAUCACCGCUACUGCCUGGAGCCACCGUUAAAGCAGAAGCCGGACUUUGAGUGGCAUUGUCCGCGAUGCUUGGUGGGUUCUGGCGAGUACGGGUUCGAAGAGGGAGACGUCUACUCGUUGUCUGGCUUCCAGAAGAAGGCUAGUGCGUUCAAAAAGCUGCAUUUCGAGAGCGUGCCGCGCCAGUUCAGCCCGUUCAGCGAGACUAAGCAAGAAUUGACAGAGGAGGAUGUGGAAAGGGAGUUCUGGAGGCUAGUUGAUGAACUGUCGGACUCGACUGAAGUCGAAUACGGCGCUGAUAUUCACUGCACGACGCACGGCAGCGGCUUUCCUACCAUUGAGAAGCAGCCGCGAAAUUCGUACUCGACUGACCCGUGGAAUCUCAACAUCCUACCUUUGGACAAGGAGUCACUCUUUCGGCACGUCAAGUCUGACGUCUCCGGCAUGACCAUACCCUGGCUGUACGUUGGCAUGUGCUUCUCGACGUUCUGCUGGCACAAUGAGGACCACUUUGCGUAUUCGGCCAACUACCAGCACUUUGGAGAAACGAAAACGUGGUAUGGCGUUCCCGGUGAAGAUUCGUACAAGUUUGAGGAAGCAAUGAAGGAGGAGGUGCCAGAGCUGUUCGAAACGCAGCCCGAUUUACUCUUCCAGCUGGUGACCCUUGCGCGGCCAGAGAAAUUGCGCAAGGCGGGUGUGAAGGUGUACGUGCUUGAUCAGCGACCGGGCCAAUUCGUCAUCACCUACCCGCGAGCGUACCAUGCGGGAUUUAAUCAUGGGUUCAACUUCAACGAGGCUGUCAACUUCGCUCCAUAUGAUUGGGAGCCAUUUGGCGAGGAAGGGGUGAAGCGAUUACGUGGUUAUCGCAAGCAGCCAUGCUUCUCGCACGAUGAGCUGCUGCUUACUGCCGCCUCCCGCGAUCUGACCAUUAAGACUGCGAAGUGGUUGGGCCCAGCGUUGGAGCGCAUGCGCGAUGAUGAGGUAUUCGCGCGCAAGCACUUCCUCGAUACACCCGAUACGAGUGCAGGAUCGGAGGCGAUGGAUACAUAUAUCGGACCAAGGUAUAAGGAAGCUCCGGUGGUGUUUGACGGACCAGCGGAAGAGGAGGAGCUGAUAUGCCAGUUCUGCAAAGCGUACUGCUACUUAUCGCGCUGCAGAUGCAAGAAGACGAAUAAGGUGUUGUGCUUACUUCACGCUGGAAGCUAUGAAUGCUGCGAUGCACUGGAGUUUGAGCGGUAUCAAGGGUUGGAUGGAACGCAUGUGCUCGAAUAUCGCAUAACGGAUGACGCGCUGAAUGCGCUGGUGAAGAAGGUGGUGGACAAGGCGAACAUUCCCGAAACUUGGACGGCAAAGGUCGACGCCGAACUGGACGACAAUCCGCGACCAUCACUGAAACAUCUGCGAACGAUUCUGGCGGAAGGAGAGAAAAUUCAGUACGACCUACCGCAGCUUCCCGAUCUGAGAAGGUUCGUGGAGCGGUGUAACGAGUGGGUUGAGGAAGCGACGAAUUACAUCACGCGGAAGCAGCAAAACCGGCGGAAGAACGAAAAGGCUUGGCGCAAGGGGACGGCGAAGCAAGCGGAACUGGAAGAACGCGACAAGGAGCUUCGAAAGGUGGAGAACAUUACUAAGCUGCUGGAAAAGGCGGACGACAUUUGCUUUGACUGUCCGGAAAUCAACACACUGCGGGAACGCGACGAAGCCAUCAAGGAGUUCCAAAACAACGCGAAGACUGCACUCGGCAAUAUUCGCGCGCACGUCACGGCCGACUUUGAGGAGCUGAUGGAGCGCGGCAAGGAGUUUCAUGUCGACAUCCCCGAGAUUGACGACUUGGAGCGCGUCGUGAAGCGGCUGCGAUGGGAUGAUCUUGCCAAGGUCAAGCGGCCGAAUAUGGAGACGCGUCGCCAAGACCAGACCUUGAAAGAUAUCGAGAAGUUCAUCGCGGAAGGCGUGGAGAUUGGCGUGCCGGACAGCAACCCCGACAUGCUGUUCUUCCGUGAGCACAAGGCGCAGGGUGACUUGUGGGAGCAGAAGGCUAAAGAGUUGAUGGCCGUCGAGCCCGUGCACUUCCAGCAGCUUGACUCCUUGGCCGCUCAAGCCAUCACCUUGCCUGUCUCCCCCGAGAUAUUGGGCAAAGUUGACGAAAUCCUCCGCAAGCAGCGUGAGUUGCAAGAGAAGAUUGCCGCGCUCAUCGAGCAAGCGAAGGAUCCUGACUUCCGCAAGCGACCUAUGUACAGGGAGAUGCGCGCCGUCAUCGAAGCGCUAGAAGAGCUGCAGAGCAAGCCAAACGGGACAAUCGAGCUGGAGAAGCUACAAAAGCAGCACGAAGACUGGAUGCGCGAGGGCAAGAAGCUUUUUGGCAAGGCGAACGCGCCACUCCACAUUCUGCACCAGCAUAUGAUGAUCGUCAACAACCGCAACGAAGCAUGCUUUGACCUGCGCGACACCCCUCGCCUGCCCGUCGAGCCGUCUUCACGCGAACACACACCCAACGAGGACGCAGCGCCACCGAUGACGGACGGAAGCAACUCUAGCAGAGAUGUCUUCUGCAUCUGCCGUCGCCCCGAGGCGGGCAUGAUGAUCGAAUGCGAGAUCUGCCAUGAGUGGUACCACGGCAAGUGCCUGAAGAUCGCACGCGGCAAGGUGAAGGAGGAUGAUAAGUACACCUGCCCGAUCUGUGACUGGCGUGUGAAGAUUCCACGCGACGCCGCGAGGCCGAAGCUGGAGGACUUGCAGGCGUGGCAGGACAAGCUAGAGACGCUGCCGUUUCAGCCCGAAGAGGAGGGCACGCUCGGGAGUAUUGUGGAUUAUGGUGCUAACUUCCGCGAGUUCAUGCGGCCGUUCAUUAAUCCCGAGAACCAGACUACUCCGGAAGAGGUUGGCACGCUGCGCUUUCAGUUGAGGAAGAUCGAGGGCGCGGAUAUCUUGCUCGCGCAUGAGACGAAUUAUCUGAGGCAGGAGUUGCACAAGUGGGCGCCUGUUGCGCCGGAGCCGCCGCCGACGAUUCAGAUUUCGGGCUCUACACGCAAGCCGCGUCCGACAAAGCAGCAGAAGCUCAUGGCUCAACUUGGCAUCACGAACCCGGACGAGCUUCCGCAGCAGUACAGGAUCAAGCCGCACGUCGCCAAGCGCAAAGUUUCGGAGGGCAUGAUGAAGACUCAACCCUUGCAGCCAGCCACGGGCGCCUCAAUGUCACCAAUGGGCAGCCAGCCACCAUCCCUCCCCGGCUCAUCCUCCGGUCUCGCCCCAGACACUAUGACGACUACUACAGAGAAAGGCCACAAACCCUUCCUCACCCCACUCUCCAUCCAAGUCCUAGGCCAAUACGCCAGCGCGCCCGUCGUCAGUCAAAUGCUCAACGCCGAACCCCACAUGAACAGCGAGAAACUGAUCAAGAUCAAAACUGUGCUGAUGCAGGACCCCUCGUCGCGCCAUCUCGACCCGGAGGCGAUGCGGAAGAGGAUAGCAUCCUUGACCCCAUCCGCCAUCGCGGCGACACCUGCGUUCGACUAUGCUACUGCUUCGCACAGGAAGUCCGGGUCGAAUUCAAUUUCGUUGAGUCGGCCCACGCCAACCGCGACGCCGACGGGUAGUACGUUUGUGGGUGGUGCGUCGUUGUUCGCUGCUGCCACGCCUACGCACGGCCAUGCGCACGAGAUGGGGAUGGCGCGGGCGAAUCGGAUGGGCUCGCCGGCGAAUAUGUCGCCUGCGUCUUUUGCCCCGGCGCGCACGAGCCCGGAUGUUUCGGCGUUUGAUCAUCAUCAUACCUUCGACGGCGCUGGUGGGUUUUCGUUCGACAGUCCGGCUGCCGAUCACAAUCCGAGUCCGUAUUUCGGUAGCGCGGGCCAUGAUGGCAGUGUAGGACAUACUGUCACGGCUGGUGGGAUGAACAGCCCAGGUUUUGGAGGCAGUCAGCAGAGCGUCGGUAAUAUCGACCAUGUGUUUGCGGAUCUCGUGCAUGAUCAUGAUGGGAUUGGGAUGGCUGGGUUUGAUGGGGCGGGGGAUGCUAGAGAGGCUGCUGUGGGGUCGGUACAAGAUGCGAGUGUUCCUGCGCCGGGCAGACAAGAGGAGGAUCGGCGGAUGGGCGAUGAGCCGCCGGUGGUAGAGGAUAUGGGUGCGAUGUUGCGGGAUCAGGCUGCUGCGGCUGCGCGGGAGCUGGAGGCGUUGCGGAUGGGUGGGCAGAACCAGGAGCAGUAUCCUACCUCUGCUUCUGCGCCGGUUGAUGGUUGAGCCGGCGAAACAGAUCCGGCGGUGGACUAGCAAAUGCAUGCUAUUGAUGAUCGAGCGGAUGCGUGUGAUUGCAUGCGAGUACGGGCGAAUACCCGUUUGCUAAGUGUUGGAUGCGUGUGAUUUGCAAGCGAGUACCGGUGAACACCGGUUUGCUAAGUGUUGGAUGCGUGUGUGGCUUACUACGGUG